GUCCAAAGUCCAGGGGCUCGGAACCUUGCCUUGCUUGGCCUGAGCUUUUAUCAUCCAAUAACGUCAUUGGACCUGCGGCCGCUAGAAGAAGGGUUGGGACGAGGUACCUAGGGUCACAGCCCAGAACAUCCACUGCCCGAGAUUCUAGCCAGCAAGCAAACAACGCAUCGUUCAACCUCAUCGAGGCUCCAACUUUGAAGGGCACUUGCAGCAAGAGGUGAUGGCUGGGUUCCGGCUUACCAUUGAGGACGGCAAGUUCCGCGACGCUCACGGUCGGCAGGUGAUCCUCAGAGGCAUCAACGUCGCAGGCGAUGCCAAAUACCCCAACCAACCCGACCAGCCAUCACAUAUUCCCGACAACUUCUUUGACGGCGACAAUGUGAAAUUCACCGGCAAGCCUUUCCCCAAGGACGAGGCUCACCUGCACUUCUCGCGUCUGAAACGGUGUGGCUACAACACGAUCCGCUACGUCUUCACAUGGGAAGCCAUCGAGGCUGCGGGACCCGGCAUCUACGACGAAGAAUGGAUCCAACACACGAUCGACGUGCUCCGCGCGGCCAAGGAAUACGGCUUCUAUGUUUUCAUGGAUCCCCAUCAAGAUGUCUGGUCCCGAUUCUCGGGUGGCUCUGGGGCGCCGAUGUGGACGCUUUACGCAGCCGGCCUCAACCCGCAGAGCUUUGCAGCCACCGAGGCUGCCAUUGUCCACAACACUUACCCUGAGCCUGACGGCUUCCCCAAGAUGAUCUGGUCUACCAACUACUUCCGGCUCGCUGCUGCCACCAUGUUCACCCUCUUCUUUGCCGGUCGGGUCUUUGCGCCAAAGUGCAUCAUCGAUCAGGUGAAUAUACAGGAUUAUCUUCAAGAUCAUUUUUUCAACGCUUGUGCCCACCUUGCUAGGCGUAUACACGAUGCUGGCGGUAUCGAGGACGAGGCCGUAUUUGGUUGGGAGAGUCUAAACGAGCCAAACAAGGGCAUGGUUGGCUACCACGACAUCAGUGUCAUCCCGAAAGAGCAGGCCUUGAAAAAGGGAUCAUGUCCGACCAUAUGGCAGACCAUCCUCACCGGGUCAGGGCGAGCUGUCGAGGUUGACACGUGGGACAUGGGCGGGCUCGGUCCAUACAAGGUUGGGCGGUCGCUGAUCGACCCUCAUGGGGAGAUCGCAUGGUUGCCAGCUGGCUAUGACGAGUCCAGGUAUAGCUACGUGAGGGACCCCGGGUGGAAGCUAGGUGAGUGCAUAUGGGCUCAACAUGGAGUAUGGGAUCCAUCCAGCGAUACCUUGUUGAAAAAGGACUACUUCGGAAAGCAUCCGGUUACGGGAGACGUGAUCAACUACACCUACUUCGCCGACAAAUAUUUCAUGGACUUUUUCCGCAAAUACCGGGAUACGGUUCGUACACACCACAAAGACGCCAUUAUCCUUCUCCAGGGCCCUACAAUGGAGCUGCCGCCAGAUAUUAAAGGGACGCCAGAUGGCGACGACCCCCUGCUUGUGUAUGCGCCGCAUUGGUACGAUGGCAUCACGCUCAUGACCAAAAAGUGGAACCGCACUUUUAACGUGGACGUUUUGGGAGUGCUCAGAGGGAGAUACUGGCACCCCAGCCUUGCCAUAAGAAUUGGAGAGACGGCCAUCAGAAACUGCUUUAGAGACCAACACGCGGCCAUGAGGAAGGAAGGACUCGAAUACUUGGGUAAUCACCCGUGCGUGAUGACCGAGUUUGGAAUUCCAUACGACAUGGACGACCAGCACGCAUAUAAGACUGGCGACUACACAAGCCAGUCGGCCGCCAUGGAUGCCAACCACUACGGAGUUGAGAGCGCUGGACUCGAAGGUUACACGUUGUGGUUGUAUAUGGCAAAGAACGAUCACGACAGAGGCGACCAAUGGAACGGCGAAGACCUCUCCAUCUUCUCCAUUGAUGACAAGCUUCUUCCGGUCUCUCCAAUACCCAGCACGCCGGAUCUCAACCAGUCGACCUCCAGCUUGCUUAGACCUCCGGCCACUGCCUCAUCUAGCCAGAAGAAAGAGCUUGAUAAUGAUGGAAAUGUCACGCCAGUUAAUAUCAAGCGCACUCUUACCAAUCCCUCGAUCUCAUCCGAGGCCGCUUCACGCCAGCCUGAACUGACUGCCUCUCCAGGGUACCGCGCUGCAGAGGCAUAUGUGCGAGCCGCUCCCAUCGCCGCAGCAGGGCUCAUAAAGAACUACGUCUUUGACCUCACCCGAUGCCAGUUUUCCAUGACAAUCCAAGCACCCAAAGUAGCGGCGACGGAAAGUCCAACAGUCAUAUUCCUUCCAGACUACCACUUCACUAAGGAUGCAUGCUCGGUAGAGGCGAGCUCUGGCAAGUGGGAAAUAAGUAGCGACGAGGAAGAAACUGCCCUAAUCCAGCGUCUGCGUUGGUGGCAUGGAGAGGGUGAGCAGACGAUCAAGAUCACGGGACUGGUCCGAAAAUACAAUGGCAGCCAGGCUUCCGACGACCCUGGGUACUACGAACAAUGCAACCGAGGGACGUGGAGCAGCUGUACAAUCAUGUAAACAUUGUGGAGGUGGAGAGAUCAGUCGACGACGGCGGUAUCGUAUGUAUCAUUUUCCAGCAUCGUCAGGGCGUGGCAGCUGCUUUUGACAGGCCGACAAACAUUGGGU